GUUCAUAUAAAAUCAUACAUAAUGAACUGGUGUUUGUUAACUUUCUGUCUAUUAUUCUUUACGUCGGCAAUUUGCGAAGACCGAUAUGUCACUUAUAUCAACGCGCAGCAGUCUUCUUGGGUGGCAGGACAAAAUUUUGACGACACAUUAGCCGCCAUAAAGACAUUCAAGGAAGCCGGUGAAAAGUUUCGAUCAAAUGGACAUGCUGUUGUGACUUUGGAUUUCGUUUCUUUUAUCGACGAUAACACCACAGUCUUACCAGAGACGUUCGAUGCGAGAGAUGAGUGGUCAAACUGUACUAGUAUCGGAAGAGUUUGGGACCAGGGAGCUUGCGAGGCAAGCUGGGCGAUAGCCUCGACGUCAGUGAUGUCCGAUAGGAUUUGCAUCCAUUCCAAUUUUACAACAACGCCCACAAUAUCGCCCCAAGAUUUAAUAUCGUGCUGUAGGAGCUGCAAAAUAGACUGCGACGGUGGUUUCGCAAUACUAGCCUGGAGUUAUUGGAAUAAUAGUGGCAUCGUGACAGGUGGACCCUACGAAUCCUAUACGGGUUGCAAAAGUUAUGUUAAUAGGCCAUGCGAACAUACAAACGGAACUGAGGGAGUUAUGUGUUCUGAUCUAAAUGGGUCCAUAGAUACUUGCUACUAUGCAUGCGAUGCCAAUGCACCGCAAUCGUUAUCGUACGAUAGCGAUUUGUACUUCGGCGAAGCCCCGUAUUUCGUCGACGCCACCGAAAGACAAAUCAAGUUGGAAAUAAUGAAUAACGGGCCAGUCCAUGCCUUGUUCGAUGUAUUCUCCGAUUUCUUUUACUACAAAAGCGGGUUGUAUGUUCCAACCGAAGAUGCGGAAUGGGUAUCAGAAAACUCAGCCAAGAUCAUCGGUUGGGGUAAAGAAAAUGACACCGCUUACUGGCUGAUGGUCAAUUCAUGGAACACCAGCUGGGGUGAUGGUGGUCUGUUCAAAUGGCCUGUAAACCAAACGGAUUAUCCCCUCGAGGCAGCAGUUUUCGCGGCGAUACCCAUACUUUGAUUCAGUUUUUUCAUUGAUCUAAUAAAAG